UGUCGUUUCAUUUUGUGACUCUUCUCUGGACGUUUUUAGUAAACUGAAUUUGAUAUCUUUAUUCUAGUCCAAAGUUUUCAUGUAUCAUGUUCAUAAGAAUAAACCAAAUGUAUUUUAGCUCAACUCUGUCAAGAAGUUCCAUCACUGCAGGAUGGAUUCUUCUCUCAAGCCUCCAACCCAUCAACUCCCACAGCGCUUGUACUAAUUUUAUAAUUUUGAAAGCUUAAAAACAUGUCAGAUCACGAAGAAAUUAAAAACGAAAGGCGUCCAUGGAUUGAUCAGAUUCAAUCGUUCAAUGAAUUAUAUCGUGAAGAAGAAAACAAAAUAGAAGUGAGCCCAGGAAUAAAACUGGGAUGGGUCAAAGGCGUGUUGAUUCCAUGUCUACUCAGCAUCUGGGGAGUGAUGCUUUUCUUGCGGAUGCAGUGGAUUUUAGGACAAGCUGGAAUAUUUCAUUCAAUCAUUAUUAUUUUUAUUGCACUGCUUAUAAUUCUAAUCACCACUUUUUCACUGUCUGCGAUCAGCACAAAUGGAAAAGUAAAAGGAGGGGGUCUUUAUUUCAUUAUUUCCCGAUCAAUUGGUCCGGAAAUUGGAGCGUCAAUUGGUAUCCUAUUAGCAUUUGCUAACACAAUUUCUGCGGCAAUGAACACAAUUGGAUUUUGUUUAUCUUUAAAAUCAUUACUAAACUCAAGAGGUUCAACAAUAAUAGAUUCAAAUUUAAAUUUCAGAGCAUUAGGGGUAGUAUCUAUAAUAAUUAUGAGUAUACUUUGUUGUAUUGGAAUGGACAGAGAAGCUGAAGUACAAAAUGCUCUUCUGAUAGCCAUAAUUGUCGGUAUUUGUAACGUAAUUAUUGGAUCAAUUAAUGGACCUCAAACUACUUUAGCAAAAGCAUCAGGAUUCACUGGAUUUAACAUGGAUACCUUCAAACAAAACUGGUAUUCAGACUAUAGGAUGGAAAAAGGCGUUCAGCAAUCGUUUUUUACAAUUUUCGCAGUUUUCUUUCCAUCUGUAACUGGUAUACAAGCUGGAGCAAAUAUAUCGGGAGAUCUUAAAGAUCCUAGUGCUUCAAUACCUAAAGGAACAUUAUUAUCAAUUCUCAUAACUAUAACUUCGUAUAUUGUAUUAAUCGUAGUACCUGGAUCGGUUCAGUUGAGAGAAGCGAGCGGCAAUGAAACCGAAUUUCAAAAUGGAUCUUUUUUAGAUUGUUCGUUUAGAAAUUGCACCAAAGGAUUGUACAAGGACAAUAAUCUAAUGCAGUCGAUUUCGUUGUGGCCGAUUACUAUAUAUUUCGGUUGUUUUGGAGCUACUAUUAGUACUGCUUUAACCGCAUUAAUAUCCGUUCCAAAGUUGUUACAAAGAAUGGGACAAGAUGAUGUUUAUCCGCUUCUUAAAUAUUUAGCGAAAGGCUAUGGGAAAAGUAAAGAACCCUAUCGUGCCCACGUGUUUGCCAUGCUCGUGUCAUCGAUAUUAGUUAUUAUAGGUGAAUUAAAUGAUAUUGCCUCAUUGAUCUCAACAAUUUAUUUAUCUGCAUACGCUAUGUUAAAUUUAUGUACAUUUCAUGUAGCAUAUUUUAAACCUUUGGGUUGGAGACCUACAUACAAGUUUUAUAACAAAUGGUUAAGUCUUGUUGGUGCUAUUGUCUGCGUUGUAGUAAUGAUAUCAGUUGAUCAAAUAAUGUCAGCAAUUGUUGGUUGUGCUAUAUGUAUUUUGUACAUACUUGCUAGUAUAAAAAAUAAAGAGAUCAAUUGGGGAUCUUCUAAGCAAACACAACAAAUAAAAACAGUAAUAAGAAACGUGUACAAGGUCAAUUCUAUUCAAUACCAUAUCAAAAACUAUUUACCAAAUAUAAUUGUGUUUUCUGGAAACCCUGAGUCAAGAAAAAAGUUAGUUUCUUUAGCUCAUUUGAUUACCAAAAACAAUGGUGUACAAAUGUGUGUCAAUAUUGAAAAGAUAUCGCUCACACCGAGACAAAAGAAAAUAUGCCUUGAUAAAGGAAUUCGAUGGUUAAGAAAUUCUGGAAUCAAAUCACUAUAUGUUGUCAUUGACAACAUAGAAUUGGAUAUUGCAACUCAUAUAAUAUAUAGCUGUGGACAUGGACAAUUGAGACCAAAUAUAGCAAUGAUUGGAUACAAGUCUGAUUGGUUAAAUUGCCCUUAUCAAGAUCUCCAGACUUAUUUAAAUAUUUUCAAUGUGGCAAAUAUGAAUAACAUGUCGACAAUCAUGGUUCGUGUGUCAUCAACUGAGAGUUAUGAUGAUCAGAAUUUAUUAAUUCAAGAUUUUAAGCACUUGGACAAAAAUGAAGACAUUUUGUACAAAACGCAAUCAAAUCAAAAUAUUAGAAAUCAACAAAAGGUGGCUGAUUGCUUUGUAAGAAUAAAAAACAAAGAAUUUUCCUUCGAGAAGAAGAAACAAUAUCAUGGGACAGUAGAUGUUUGGUGGUUGUACAACGAUGGAGGUUUAUCUUUAAUCAUUGCAUAUGUAUUGAAACAUAGUAAUACGUGGAAGAAUUGUAAAUUUCGAAUUUUUGGAGUAACAAACAGAUUUGAGUGUUUGUCCGAAGAAAAACACAAAUUAAAACAAUUGUUAGCACUGUAUCGAAUUGAUUUCGACUACAUGGAUAUCAUUUUAGCAAACACCACUGGCCCUACAACAAUGACAUAUUUUAAUUCUUUAUUAGAACGCGCGGCUUCCAAAGAGAAUCAAUUUGAUGAUUGCAGCUCUCAUACAGAACAUAUUGCUGAAACGUUGUUUUUGAGAGACUUAAUUGAAUUGCAUUCAUAUAAUUCCGAUCUUAUCAUCUUAACGACUCCAAAGAAUAACGAGGAAAUCAAUAUAUUAUUCAUGUGUUGGAUAGAAACGAUUUCUAGAGGGUUACCGCCGUGUAUUAUAAUCAAUGGGAGUACAGAGCCAGUUCUUACUGUCAAUGCUUAAGCCAGAAAAUAUAUAUAAUACGCAUACAUUGUACUUUAUUUAUGUAUACAUUCACGCACUCUUGAAUUUCCUUUCAAAUUAAUGUAGGUAGGAAGUUAUUUUUUUUCUUGGAUCUAGAUUGAACUGAGAACAUAAAGUUUCCAAUCUCUGAUUUCAAACGCAAAAAAAAUUUGUAAUUGGUAUUUUUACUAUUUUACCUAUUACUUAAAUAGACAUGAUUUCUUAAACUCGAAAAAAUACUGUAAGAUUUGCAUUUCUCUGAAACGACUAAAUCGAAAAUAUUAAAAAUUAAACAUCGCAGAGAAGUUUAAUGUGCACCAGACCUCAAAUAUUUAACCUAACCCUGUCUAUAGAACUUUAGUAGACCAACGCUUCGGGCUUCCCAAUACACCUGCAAGAAAUUAACAUUUUAUAUAAAGUAAUUAUAUUCACAAAUAUUGUUCCACAUAACCAGUUAUUUCACUUAUCUACACAUAAAACAUUUUAUUCUGAUUACCAUUACGGAAUUCUAUAUUUUAAUACUAAAAAUGAGUGAGUAAACUUAAUAUGUUUUUUACAAACUUACAAAAAUUAACAUAUUUUAUACUCGUAUACUUGUUUAGCAACAAUUCUACCUAUGCAAUUUCGUAA